CUCAAGCUCCUUAAUAUUUUUGAUUUGGUAUAGUCCCUUCAUCUUUUUGCACCCACGUUUCUUCCUCUCUCUUCCCCCGUGACAUUGAUUAUUAACUAUCAUCUUCUUUCUUUCUUCCUUAGGGUUUCCAAUGCGAUUUCCACUCCUCUUCUAACCUCAAUUAUGUAGCUUUCUUCUUCGAUUUUCCAUCUCAAUCUUUCUUCCACUACGCCUCCUUCUCAAUUUCUGAUUUCCCUCCUUUUUUUUUUUCUCUUACUUCCUUCUUCAUCCCCGCCGUUGCUGGAUCUUACUUCCGGCACGGGUUCAUACUCGAUUGCAAUUGCUACCUCAGAAUCGAAACACCGGGAGUAUGGGAUUUUGCUUUAUUUCAGGCUUGUGCAGAAAAUUGGGCUGUUGGUGAAGUUCAGGACUUUCCCUGUGUUUGAGGAAUUGGGAGGUUUGGUUUAAAUGUUGGUUGGUGGACGUUGAAUGAUUGUUUCCAUGGACUUAAAUGCAUCGCCGGUGCCUGAAGACGACGAAGAGACGUUUGAGAGGCAUGAAGAGGUGUAUAUAGCUCCAGAGGAACAUAUAGUGACUGGUGUCAGUAUAGCACGGCGGGAGCGAGAAGAAAGAAAAAGGCGGUUGAAGAGAGAUCGCUCUCUCGAGAGACCGGUACAUGAAUACCAACAACCUGCACGGGAUCAGUUUUACCCUUCUAAAAACCAAAAAUCUGAUAGAAACAGGCUUCCUCCAGGUUGGCUGGAUUGCCCUGCAUUUGGUCAAGAAAUAUGUUGGAUGAUUCCUUCCAAGGUUCCUUUGGGGGAAUCCUUCAAUGAUUGUAUAGCACCUGGUAAAAGAUACUCAUUUAAGCAAGUGAUCCAUCAGCAGAGAGUUUGGGGAAGAAAACUCGGUUUGGUGAUUGAUUUGACAAAUUCUUAUCGUUAUUAUACAACAUCAGAUUUGAAUAAAGAGGGUAUCAAGUAUGUUAAGAUUCCUUGCAAGGGGAGGGAUUCUGUACCUGACAACAAGUCAGUCAAUACAUUCGUUUACGAGGUCAUUCAGUUCAUUUCUCGUCAGAAACAACAAUCGAAGAAGUAUAUUCUUGUCCACUGUACACAUGGCCAUAAUCGCACUGGAUAUAUGAUCAUAAAUUAUCUUGUGCGUGCGCUGUCCAUUUCUGUUACCCAGGCUCUUAAAAUGUUUUCUGAUGCACGCCCUCCUGGAAUUUACAAGCCAGACUAUGUUGAUGCAUUAUAUACCUUUUACCAUGAAAGAAAACCUGAUGCAGUUGUUUGCCCAUCCACACCUGAGUGGAAGAGAUCUUCAGAUCUUGAUCUUAACGGUGAAGCAGUUCCAGAUGACGAUGAUGAUGGAGGUCCUGCUGCUCUUUUGAAUGAAAAUCAUGAUGAUGGUGCUCAAGUGAUGACAAAUGAUGAUGUUUUGGGUGAUGAGAUACCUGAAGACCAAGAACGUGGUUUGAAACAAUUUUGCUAUCAAAUGCUUAAAUUGAAUCCUGGAGCAAGAGCAAAUUUGCAAUUUCCAGGGUCGCAUCCAGUGUCUCUGAACAGAGACAAUCUUCAACUGCUAAGGCAACGCUAUUAUUAUGCCACAUGGAAAGCUGAUGGAACAAGAUAUAUGAUGCUAAUCACCAUGGAUGGAUGCUACUUGAUUGACAGGGGUUUUAAAUUUAGAAGAGUCCAAAUGAGAUUUCCGUACAGAAAUGCAAAUGAUGGCCAAGUUGAGAAGAUUCACCACUAUACACUACUUGAUGGAGAAAUGAUAAUUGAUACUAUGCCAGACUCACAGAAGCAAGAGAGAAGAUAUCUGAUAUAUGAUAUGAUGGCGACUAAUUAUGUUUCGGUCAUUGAGCGCCCUUUCUAUGAACGGUGGAAGAUGCUUGAAAAAGAAGUGAUUGAACCUCGCAAUUUUGAGCGCCAGAAUAUUUAUCAAAGCAGAAACCCGCAUUAUAGAUAUGACCUAGAGCCAUUCAGGGUGAGGAGAAAAGAUUUUUGGUUGCUCUCUACAGUUACCAAACUUUUGAAGGAGUUCAUACCGAGGCUUUCUCAUGAUGCCGAUGGUCUAAUAUUUCAGGGGUGGGAUGAUGCUUAUGUUCCUCGAACACAUGAGGGUCUUUUGAAGUGGAAAUAUCCAGAAAUGAACUCAGUCGACUUCUUGUUUGAGUUGGGUGAAGAUGAUUCUCAGGUUCUUAUUUUGUUUGAACGAGGAAAGAGGAAAACCAUGGAAGGAAAUAGGGUUAAGUUCAAAGAUGGCGAUCCCUCCUUUUAUUCAGGAAAGAUCGUUGAGUGCUCUUGGGAUUCUGAUGAGCAAGUAUGGGUCUGCAUGCGUAUUCGGACAGACAAAACAACUCCAAAUGAUUUCAAUACUUAUAAGAAGGUAAUGCGGAGCAUUAGAGACAAUAUCACGGAGGAGGAUUUGUUGAAAGAGAUUCAUGAGAUCAUACGCUUACCCAUGUAUGCAGAUAGGAUAAGGAAUGAUAGUAAAGCGGCUCAACAUACGAAUUCAACACGACGGAGGUGAUAGCUAGAAGAUGGUGCACAGAUACAGAAAUUAGGCAGUAUUAGUCUGUAAUGUUCGGAUGAGAUGCUCAAAAAGGGUUCCUAUAUGUGUCUUGCUUGUUCCAUCUCUGUUGCCAGCUAAAUUUAUGAUGUCUCCUUGGUAGAAGUUGUGCAUAUAUAUUAUUUAAAAGGUGACCAAGAUGUCCGCCAUUAGCUUCUCCUUUGUGUUAUCCUUUAGUGUGUGCAAAGCCUGGUGAGUUGUAUGAUCCAGUCAUUGCACUUGAUAGAUGUCUUCAAUUAGGGCUUUGAAAAUCCAUUUCUUCUAGUUUUCCAGGUGAAGAGAUGUAGGAUUAGGAUCCAUCAUGUAUAUUAGUAUUAUUUUUACUUUCGUUAUUUAGCAAUUGCUAAGCAGCAAAUUGAAAGGCAGUCAUUUUAAGUAAAUCUGAGCCAAGUUUUUAUAGCAAGGUUUUACAUUUUACUGUUGUGAAUAGCCUUUUACUUAAUGAACAUGUCUCUUCCUCUC